UUGAUGAUUGCGAAUUUGUUCCCAUCUCUUUAUUUAAAUCCUCACUAUAACUUCCGCCAUCACUACUUCCUACCACCAUCUCUUUACCAUCUCUUUUCCUCUGUAUGAUUAGAUCUCAACAACCUCUGCUCUGAGUGUUUUGAGAUCGGUUCGGAUUCGAUUCUGUAUGAACGCGGUCGACUACUACACCAGCUUGAUUGACUGGGUUUUUAGUCAUGCCAGGGAGCUUCACGAACACAUGUUUUUAAUUCAAUCCCUAGUGACCUGCGCGGCGCUGUUUUGGUUUGUCACACGUCAUCUAGAGGAACUACGAAAGUAAGGCUUUACUAACCGUUUACUCAAGGCUGCUAAGGAGGGCGAGCGAUGUUCUUUGGACCCCUCUACCACGACUCAUUAGCAUUCUAGGCGUCGAGGUCCCCGAUCCACCCGAAGUAUCUCUCGCAUGUAUCAAGUCCGAUUCUUUGACUUUACAUUGGUCUUCAUCUCCACCGAAUAAAGGCGUGGUUCGGUACAUCCUCCAAGUAAAUGGUGUCGAUGGUGAGAUCCCUACAAUGCACAAGGCCUGUAGUAUUUGCGCUAAGAUAUUACACAGUUGGCGAAUCAACCCAAGGAGAAACGGUUAUUAUUGAAGGACUCAAGCCGGGUAAUUUUUACAAUGUGAGGGUUAUAGCGGUUGGUUCGCAGAAUUUUCAAGCUGGGAGUAGAGUUAUACGGUUAAGAACACUGGGUCGAGAUGGGCAUCCACGGCAUGGAGUCAUGAGAAAUGAAGCGGACCUCUCAAAUGAUGAUCAAAAUGAUGCUGCGAGUGGGGACACUCUGCCAACGGUUCGAGCCCACGGAGGCCCUGCUGAUAUUACGAAUCCUCCCGCAGCCACGGUUCAGGUCGUCGUGCGAGAAUCAAGCGUUUCGCACCAUAGUCAGAGAAGAAAUACGGUGGGUAGAAAACACUCGCCAUCAAUAGCUACCGCUACCGCUGGGGACUGGUCCGCCUCGAUUGCUCAGUCUCUGGACGAAGGCUGCGAAACGAUUCAAGAAUUGCAGCGGAAACAAGAUGCGGUCCAGAAAGAGGUUGAAGAUGUGAUUGCUCAGGGUCUUAAGGAAUCUGAGGAGAUAAGAAACCAAAUCCUUAUUCUGUCAGAAGACAAAGACAAAAAGACAGAAAUUGUCAAGGACAAGGAGGAAGCGAGUGAGGCACUGAGGAAAGAGGUGAAGAAUCUGGAGGUCAAGAAUCGACAAGCACAAUCGCGGAAAACGGCACUCCAAAAGAGUCUACAAACGAAGCAGGUAGAGAGAAAGAAGAUGCAUGAUGAACAAGCACGCUGGAAGAAGGAAAUCAAGUCGAUGGAAGCCGAGCGGGAGUCCUGGAGUCACGAGACAGAGGAGAUACGCGUGUCUACGGACGCCCGAUGCGAGGAGCUUCGUCGAAACAUUCGUAACGUUCAAGAUUUGAUAACGGAGUACACGCGGGAAGUUGCAGAGAAGGGGCUAUUGGUCAAAAAAUUGGAAGAGGAGAGGGAGAACCUUGGGAUCGGGUUAGAUGAUGAUCAAGCCCGUGAGUGGGAGGCUUUGGAAAAAAGAAACGAUGCGCAGUGGGACGCGAAGAACAGAGCGCAGCAUGCUCAUGCCCAAGACUGCAGCCAACGCCUGGAGCAACUGGAAGCCGAAUUACAAGCUGCACAGGCCAAUUUCAAUGCUCUCUAUGCCCGACUACCAAACAAUCAGAACCAGCUCAUGAAUCACGCCAAUUCUUCUGGAGUAGACUUUGAUCCUAAUUCACAACAAGGUAAAGCCAAGGCUCGAAGGCAACGCACUCGCAAGAGUCGCACAAAUACGGUAUCAUCGACAAAUCCUGGCUAUCCCAUGAUUGAUCCACAAUUUCCAAGUACCACUACAUUCAGCACCUUCAACUCGAUGAGUUCCACAGCUUAUGCCCCUGCUCCAUACAUGGACUUAGCCAUGGGUAAUGACACUGCAAUGGUCCCACUUUUGGGUCACACGGGCAUGAGUGAAGCUGAUAUUCAAUCACUCACUGCUGGGGCCCCACUGAGUCCAACAGCAACCUCACUAUUGCCAUCAACACUUUUCAACGAUGAUGAGCCACCAAGUCCUGAUGAGGAAGUCUCUGAAUAUGCAUCAGAGUUGCACCACUCGUUUAGCCCAUCGCACCGACACAACGACCCACAAUCCCCACGAUCCAGUCGUUCUGCCAGUCUAAUGUCUAGUCCUCAUGCAUCAUCACAAAAUCUCGCAAAAUAUGGUGUGACGCAUCACGAUUAUGCCCUUGAUAAUGAUCGAAAUUCAUUAGGAUCACCUUCAUCAAAGUUUGGAGUGAUUGGAUCGCCAGCCAGAACCGGCCAAUCAACUUCUCAUAGGAACUUUGGCAGCAUGUUCACCUCUCUCCGAAAAUCCGAUAAGAAUUCACAAGAUGGGCUUCCUCUUGGUAGCUUGAAAGCUGGCCAAAGUCAUUCAUUUCCACGUUCCACUGAUGAACCGGAGACUCCUUCCAACAGAUCGCGUCGUAUAAGCUUCUCAUCCGGCUGGGGCGGUGUGUUUCAACGAAACCCUACAGUUGGUGACACUUCUGAAGGUAAUGCACCUGCCCCAGCUCGCCAAAAUAGUCGGAGACAUGGUUUUAGUAUGUUUGGCUUUAGGAAUGAGGAUUCAAAUCCUCUGCACCCCUCUCGUGACCCUAGCAGCCCUCGUCCCACUUCAAUUGCUUCUUCUGACCUGCCACGUCCGUCAACGGACAGCGCACCAUUUGGCUGGGGACCAGGAGCUGACGGUACUGUGAACAAAAAUAGCCCACUUGUUACAGACUGGUCAGUGUCCGCCCCACCAACGUGGUCCCGCAGUCAAUCUAGAAGACCUAGCUUCCAACAUGGCUCUACUAAUGCACUGACCUCCGGGAUGUUGAGCGGAUCAGAUGAAUACUUCUAUGAGGAAGACAUUAACUCAAGUCCACCACCAAAUCUGGGAGCCAUUGGCACCAGGCCACCUUCAUCCCAUAAUUCCGUCUUACCCAAACUCAAUCCAACCGCGCCAAAAUUUGAACUUCCUCAAACGAGUGAUCCUGUCUUUGCUCGGUUCUUGAGAUCUAGUAAAGGUAAAGGUAAGGCUUCGGACCAGAAUGCCGAAUUUGAUCCUAUCUAUGAUACGCCUCAACCCAUCACGUCCUCUCCAUCUGAACGAAGAAAGUCGCGGGACUCUCCUUCUAUUCAUACGCAAAACAGCGUAGCCGAAUCUACCGACAGUUUAGAUAGGAUUAAGAGUAAUGCAACGUCCGACGUGGGAGGAAGUACUAAAGGAGAAUCAUCUUUCAGUAAACUCCUUCGCAAAGGCAGCUCGAGUAAAUUCAGCUUAGGCAAGGACUCGAUCUUUGGUCGAAAGAAAGGAAGUAGUAGUAUUUCUGCUUCUGAUCAUAAUGAAAGAGAUGAAAGUUUAGAUGACCAUGUUCAAGACUCUUUGACAACUGGUGGAGAAAGUGCAACCAGUAGUCCGAGAAUUGGUGGUCUGGAAGGAGGCGAUGCGAAAAGUCAAAAAGGUGCUCCUAGAGAAAGAAAAAGCUCAACUUGGGGACGCUUUCAAAGGAGUAAAAAGGGUAGAGAAAGUUCAGAGGUAGAACGAAGUGAGAAGAGUGAGGCAGAAACAACGGGCACUGAGGAUGAACAUGAGCAUGAAUGAAGCUUUAGUGAAGUUCAUACACGAAAUGAGAUGAAGUGGUGAGAGGGAUUCGAGGGCACAUAAGUGAAUGCCGUAUGUAUGUACUCAUUUUACAUACAUAUACUAGGGAUGGAUAUCUUCUCAAGAUAUCCGCAGUGUCUGCAUGACAUUGAUUUGUUGAUCGAAAGUCGAUAGCGUAACAUAUAUUAAAAGCAAGCUUG